AUUGCUGCCUUCAGACUGAUUUGUAUAAAAAAGACAGCACCUAAUUUUGCAAGCCUUCUAUUGAAGAUAAUUCUCUGGAAAUGGAAGGAUAAUGUAAGAAAAUGUGGAUAAUUCCAUCGAUAUUCUGACAAUCAAUUUGCACAGUUUUGGCAUCAUACAGAUUCUUUUUGUUUUCCCAAAAAUAUUUUGCUGUUCGGCUGACGCCAUCUGCUUAACGUGGCUUCCAUGGCGUAAUGCACCGUCUCAUCGAAUCAUGCUUUCUAUAGAACACCUGUUCAAAUAUCCUAACCCUUUCCCUUCCUUUAAUUCUAAACUUUAAAACAAUUUCUCCAUUGUCACGCAACUCAAAGCCUUUAAAUACUCAAUGAAGUUGUCCAUAUCUUCUCAAAAGAUAAGAUUGCUUUUAUCACCUCUCUUUCUCUGCGCACAACAAUACUUGUCGAAAAUUUCCAUAUCUACUAAACAGAUUUGAUUGCUUUGCUCAUUUUCUUUUCUGUGUCCAGAAGGAGGAACUGCAAAAGCUCAGGAGAAUCUCUGAAAUAAUAAGUGAUGAAUAAAGCUGCAAAAAUGUUGAGGCUGGGUGAACUUACAGGAAACUUUGCUAGGGCAUCUGCUCAGCCCAAGGCAGCAAUGUUUCAAAAAGUUGCCUGGUUUGCAUCUGAGAAAAAAUCUUCUCCAGAAACAGGAGGAUCUAAAACAAGUGGAGGAGAUGGUGGAAAUUUUAAGCCUCGAUGGUGGAAACCUGAUCCUGUUACAGGCGUGUGGGUUCCUGAAGAAAGUGAAGGGCAAAUCGAUGCAGUAGAAAUGGAAGCGAAAUAUCGCUUUCGCAGUGAACCAACGGCCUCGCUUGAUGAGAGAGCUUGGUGGUCUUCCAUGGAAGAAGUUCCCGAUAGGAUUAAAUAAAUAAGGAAGUUUAUUAUUAUCAGCCCAAGUUCGAGUCUCGUUGAUGUCUCCCAAAAAUCCCAGGUUUUAAAAGCUUUUAGCCAAAGAAAUCUGUAUGCUUGAAAAUAUUGUAAUCUAAAUAAAAUGGCUUAAUGAAACUGAUCGAUCUGCCAUUCUGGUUUUUUCGAGAA